CAAAAAACAUUAACUCUCGAAAAAAAAAACUAGAAAACCUAAUGAAGCCGUUCAAUUCGAAUCUAAAGGCGAAAGCGAUGGUGAAGGCGAAUGAAGCUGAAACGUCAGAUACAGAUCACUUAGAACAUAUUUUAGGGAAGCAUUGGGUUCCGAUAUCUCUUAUUCCUAAGCCUCUCUACGAAAAAUCAAUCGAUUUCAUCAACACACUUCCAUUCGACACACUACCUGCCUUUGUAUUAUGGUCCUCUGAUCUCAUUCUCACUGAAUGGCCUGGAGUUGUCAAAGUUGAACAACGUAAUUCUAACAAAUCUAAGGUGGCAACAUUUGUUGUAUUGGCCAUGGCGUUGCGUACUCAACCUGAUGCCUUGACUCUGGUUUUAACAAAUAUGAAGGAGAGACCUACAUAUCAAGGCCAGGACAAGCUUCCGGUUAUAAUUUGGAUGAUGGCUCAGGCCUCCCAAGGUGAUUUAUCUGCUGGUUUGUUUUCAUGGGUACAAACCUUGCUGCCACUAGUCGUUAACGAGUGCUGCAGCUCUCAGGCAAUUGAUCUCAUCCUGCAAUUUGUUGAGAUGAUUUUUUCCUCGAAUCCAGAGGCUCGGGCUGUACUCCUAAACGAACCUGUUAGGCAUGGAGUGCGACUGAUUCCACCUUGUUCGUUUGAGAUGUUUGUGCGGCUUACAUUCCCUACUCCAUCCGCUAGAGUAGAGUCAACACAGAGGUUUGAGGCUAUUUAUCCCUUGUUGAAGGAAGUAGCCCUUGCACCAGAUAUUAGUGCAAACGCACUGAAACAGAUAUUCACUUUUUCCUCGAAAUUAGCUGGUGGACAAGGAAAUCCUGCUCUGGCCAAUGGAGCUACAGCAAUCGCCAUCAGUGUUUUGACACAAAACGUUGAUUGCUUUAAGCAAUGGGAUGUUCUCUACAAAGAGAAUCUUGAAGCUAGCGUUGCUCUUCUUAAUGAGCUUGUAGACGAAUGGAAGGAUCAUUCCCUCAAACUUUCAUCAUCGUCUAGUGAUACUCUCACUGUCAAGCAUGCUAUGAACAGCUUCAGGAUGAAGAACGAAAAAGCCAUCACUGAAGGUGUAGCCAAUCCUUCUCUUUACAAAGAAGCUGACCAGUCGUGCAAACUGAUCUCAAGGAGACUCUCCCGUGGCAUCGGAAUAGCACCCUUAACCGCUAUGGUUAUAGCAGCUGCAGGAGGCGUUGUUGAAGCCGGAGCCGCACAUGCUCUAAUCUAUCUUGCCCGGAGCAAAAAGUCCUUCUCUUAAUAGAUGCUUAUCAGAAUAUUACAAGUUAGUUUUUAUAUAUAGAUAUUACUAUUUCUAAAAUAGUUAUUAAUAAUACUUACGGAUCCGGAU